AUGUUAAGCGAAGACUCUGCUCCUUCUAAGUCACUGCCAGCCUCAGUCAAAACAAAUCUUUACUCGUACGAAGCAUGGCGCUUCUGUUCAUUUGAUCUAUUAAUUUUUCCCUUUUUAGGUCAUAGGAGCCUUCAUUGGUUCAGAAAGGACCUGAGACUUCACGACAAUCCCAGCCUGCGUGAAUGUCUCGCAGACAGCAAGGUGUUUUACGGAGUGUACUUCUUGGAGUGUUCUGCUGAAGAUAAGAUGACUGUCAGCCCAAACCGCUGGCAUUUCCUGCUUCAGUCACUUCAAGACCUCGACAGGGGUCUUGCUCAGUGUGGUUCACGUCUUUUUGUGCUGAAGGGAAGACCUAUGGACAUGCUGCCUUCACUUUUUAAAGAGUGGGGCAUCACUCGGCUGUCGUUCGAGGUUGAUUGUGAGCCAUUUAGGAAGAGCAGGGAUGCGGUCAUCACUGGUCUUGCUAAACAAAGUGGAGUUGAAGUGAUCAGCCGUGUUUCACACACUCUUUAUGAUGCUGAAGUGCUGUUGAUGUCAACUGAGGGAAGAGCACCACAAGUGUUUGAUGAGUUUAUGGAGGUUGCAUUGCAGCUAGGAAGGCCACAGAUGCCGGCACCAAGGGUCAAUAGACAGCUGUUUGGCUCCUGUUUGACUCCUGUAGCGAGAGACCAUAACCAACAAUACGGAGUACCUACCGUGGAGGAGAUAGGCUUCCAAAAACCAGCUGCUACCAGCUCUUGGUUUUACCCAGGUGGAGAGCAGGAGGCUUUAACGAGAAUGGAAGCAGCUUUGCAAAAGAUGAAAGAGAACGAUUUUUGCGAUUCGCCAUUAACUGCAAAUUCUCUGAUGCCGUCGGCAAGUCACUUGAGUCCUUACCUGAGGUUGGGCUGCCUCUCAUCGCGGCUUCUUUACCAGAGAAUGACUGAGGAAUAUAUAAAGAACAAGACAGUGAAUCCGCCUCCAGAGGUGUACAGUAAGCUCUUUUGGCGUGAGUUCUUUUUUCUUGUUGGAAGCCAGGUGCCAGGUGCGCAUGAGAUGGUCAACAAUUCACUAAGUCUUCAAAUUCCUUGGGAAGAUUCUCCAGAGUAUCUUCACAAAUGGAAACAGGGUAUGACUGGUUUUCCUUGGAUUGACGCUAUUAUGAGACAACUCCACUUAGAAGGAUGGAUUCAUGACGUUGCCCGAAAGGCCGUUGGCUCAUUCUUGACACGUGGUUGUCUUUGGAUCAGCUGGGAAGAAGGGUUUAAGGUUUUUGACGAGCUUCAGUUGGAUGCAGAGUGGAGUCUGAAUGUAGGCAACUGGCUUUGGCUGUCAGGAAGCACUUUUGUGAAAGAGCAUGUGCCUUGGUUCUGCCCAGUGGAUGUUGGGAAAAAGAUUGAUCCCACUGGUGAAUAUGUGAGAAAAUAUGUCCCAGAGGUAAGAAACCUUCCCACAAACUACAUUUUUGAACCGUGGAUGGCACCACGUGAUCUCCAAGAGUCUUGCGGCUGUGUGAUUGGUCAAGAUUAUCCUGCCCCACUUGUUGAUCACAGGCAGCAACGCGUUGUGUGUGUGCAGCGGCUCCGCGACCUCGCUUUCAAAUUAUCUGCUAUCAAGUGAUUGUUCCACGAAGCUGACAUUAACAUGAGACUUCUUCCCCUUGUCCCUACCUAAUCCGGCCACAUCUCAGUUUGUUCAGUAGUAUUUGCUAUAUAGUUUGUCUAUAUGCGGAAAAAGUUAAGAGUAAGUGGUAACGAUAGUUUGACGUAGCAAUGACGUAAUUCAUCACUUGCCGCUCUACAUCAACUACGAUUUGAUAUUUACUCAAGUAUAUGUUGCAACGUUGACUGUGCUGGAUUCAUAGAAUAGUAUUUACAAUACAAUAAGAUUUAUUAGGUUCCCGUGAGUAUCUUCAUACCUAAUUUACCUAAGUGUUGUCGUUACUCUGGUCGACAAAAGCUUAGUUUUCUUUUUCCUCCUACCCUUCUCUUAGGUUCAACAGGAAUUUUCCGAGUUUCACGCCAAACGAUAUAAUUAAAACUUGGCAGGAGAGGUUCUUAUAAAGAGAACUUAUUUAUCUCGGACGACACUUUGCUGUGACUUUGUAGAAACCGUUGCUUGUGGAGGGGGAAGGGGACGAGGAGGAUUGGUGAAGGGCUUAGAGAUUUGUUAAGACCACUUAGGUUAUAUGCGGUCGUUUGUUAUUCAGAUAAUAUUAUCUUCAAGAAAGUAAUCAACUUAACUAAGUUAAAAGAAGUGCUGGAAUAUAUAUUAAUAAAAAUGUGUAAAUCAAAUUUAAGGCAAUAAAAGUACCGAAACUUGAAAUACAA